AUGGCAGAUGAACCAUGUGCGGCGGACAGAAAUGUGGAGAUGUGGAAGAUCAAGAAACUCAUCAGGAGUCUGCAAGCGGCGAGAGGGAAUGGGACCAGCAUGAUCUCGCUCAUUGUUCCUCCCAAAGAUCAGAUCUCCAGAGUGGCCAAGAUGUUGGCGGAUGAGUUUGGUACGGCGUCCAACAUCAAGAGUCGAGUAAACCGACUGUCAGUGCUGGGAGCCAUUACUUCAGUCCAGCAGAGACUCAAACUCUACAGCAAAGUGCCACAUAACGGUCUGGUGGUUUACUGCGGUACUAUUGUGACAGACGAAGGCAAAGAGAAGAAAGUCAACAUCGACUUUGAGCCGUUUAAACCCAUCAACACCUCGCUGUACCUCUGUGACAACAAGUUCCACACAGAGGCUCUGACGGCACUAUUGACUGACGACAGUAAGUUUGGCUUCAUUGUAAUUGAUGGCAGUGGAGCUCUGUUUGGGACUCUACAGGGAAACACCAGAGAAGUGCUGCACAAAUUCACUGUGGACCUGCCCAAAAAACACGGAAGAGGAGGUCAGUCUGCUCUGCGUUUCGCUCGGUUAAGGAUAGAGAAGAGGCAUAAUUAUGUGAGAAAGGUGGCAGAGACGGCCGUGCAGCUCUACGUGUCCAAUGAUAAAGUCAAUGUGGUUGGACUGGUGCUGGCCGGAUCUGCCGACUUCAAGACGGAGCUCAGCCAGUCGGACAUGUUCGACCCGAGGUUGCAGGUAAAAGUGUUGAAGCUGGUGGACAUCUGUUACGGGGGAGAAAAUGGCUUCAAUCAGGCCAUCGAGCUCUCCGCUGAGAUCCUGAUCAAUGUCAAAUUCAUGCAGGAGAAGAAGUUAAUAGGCCGGUACUUUGACGAGAUCAGUCAGGACACUGGGAAGUAUUGUUACGGUGUUGAGGACACACUGAGGGCUCUGGAAAUGGGAGCUGUUGAAAUUCUCAUUGUCUAUGAAAACCAAGAGACGAUGAGAUACGUCUUGAAGCUACACGGAGCAGAGCUCACCGGCUCCAAGAAUGAUGAGAAAGUCAUUUAUUUGAGUCCAGAACAAGAGAAGGACAAAUCGCACUUCAUAGACAAAGAGACGGGUCAUGAACACGAGCUCAUGGAGUGUAUACCGCUGCUCGAGUGGUUCGCCAGUAACUAUAAGAAGUUUGGAGCGACUCUAGAGAUUGUGACUGACAAAAGUCAAGAGGGCUCCCAGUUCGUCAAAGGUUUCGGAGGAAUCGGAGGUAUUCUGCGGUACAGAGUGGAUUUUCACGGUUUGGAGUAUCAGGGGGAAGAGGAGCUGUUUGAUCUGGGUGACUACUAGGUGAGCUGGAGAGAAACAAGUGAAGAUCUGAGAUACCUGGGAAAGAACUUUUCCUUAGUUCUGGACAAAGAUCAAUCGCAUCAAAAAUGAAAGUUUAUUUUGACAUAAUUUAUGUUUGUGUAUUAAGUAUAUUUAUUAUAUAUGUGACACCAACACAAUCUCAC